CUGACAAAUGGGGGCCCUUGUGAUGGAUUCAUUUCCUCACUGAUGCCUGGAAGGCUAGACUGCGAAGGUGGUUCAACAUGAAUGCACGUUCACACACUUGCAAACAUGAUUGUCAAUUUUAAUGUCAAGUAUCAUUACAUAUUGCCUGAAUUAUUAUUACACCAGCUUUUUAGAUUAUAUUCAUGUGAUAACAGAUGUUUUAUUCUUUGUAAGGUAUCUUUUUUUUUUUACACAUGUAAUGCAUAAUAUGUGUCUCUCUUUUCAUAGAAUGCUGUGGAAAAUAACUAUCCCAGUCAUACUGGCUGGAGUGCUCUGCAUCACAGCAGAGACCAAAAAGUCCCGACCUCAGGGAUCAAUCCCAUCUCCAUACAAGACCAAAGGGAACCUGUCCUCAGAACGUCACCACCGACUAUUGCAGCAGAAACCAGAGGUGCUAUCCUCCAGCCGGGAGGCCUUGGUGGUAACAGAGCGCCGCUACCUCCGCAGAGACUGGUGCAAGACCCAGCCUCUCCGUCAGACUAUCAGUGAGGAGGGCUGUCGCAGCCGCACUGUGGUCAACCGCUUUUGCUAUGGCCAGUGCAACUCCUUCUACAUCCCCCGCCAUAUGGGCCCCAGCUCGGAACCGUUUCAGUCCUGCUCCUUCUGCAGGCCACACCGUAUCACACAGCUCACAGUGCAGCUGGACUGCCCAGACCUACAGCCUCCUUUCAGACACCGUAAGGUGCAGAGGGUCAAACAGUGUCGCUGCAUGUCUGUGGAUGUGAGUGGCCAUGGAAAACUGUGAGGAAGGACUUAAAAGGCCUUU